AUGACUGUUGUUAUCCUGAAUUCUGUUUUCCAGGAACGUUUGGAGAAGCAGAUAACAAAUCCAUUAUGCCUUGUGGCGGAUUUCAGCAAGCCUGAGGCACCUUUGCAGAUCCAUGUUGCCAUGCUCGCCUUGAACCGCUUCCAGGAGAGCUUCGGUCGCGGACCGAACAUUGGAUGCCCUCAAGAUGCUGAGGAAAUGCUGAAAAUAGCCGUGUCUAUAAGUGAAACGCUGGAAACCAGACCGCAGGUGAAUGGCGAUGUAGUGAAGUGGCUGUCUAGGACUGCUCAGGGAUUUCUAGCUCCUCUGGCUGCAGCGGUGGGCGGUGUUGCUAGCCAGGAAGUCCUGAAAGCAGUAACAGGAAAAUUUUCUCCGUUGCAGCAGUGGCUGUACAUAGAUAUGUUAGACAUUGUAACACCCCUGGAAAAGAUGGGCUCUGAAGAAUUCCUCCCACGGGGAGACAGGUAUGAUGCCUUGCGGGCUUGUGUUGGCGAUUCCCUGUGCCAGAAGCUGCACGAUUUGAAUGUUUUCUUGGUUGGCUGUGGAGCCAUAGGCUGCGAAAUGCUGAAGAACUUUGCGCUUCUUGGUGUUGGUGCUGGGCAAGACAAGGGAUUGGUUACAAUUACAGAUCCUGACUUGAUAGAGAAAUCCAACCUGAACAGGCAGUUCCUUUUUCGACCUCAUCACAUACAGAAACCUAAAAGCUAUACUGCAGCAGAAGCAACCCUGAACAUCAAUCCUUGCUUAAAGAUUGACUCAUAUAUAAAUAAAGUUUGUCCAGCCACUGAGAACACUUACAGCGAUGAAUUCUAUACCAAGCAAGACGUGAUUGUGACCGCUCUGGACAACGUUGAGGCCAGGAGAUACAUUGAUAGUCGUUGUGUAGCAAACCUGCGUCCUCUUCUAGACUCCGGAACUAUGGGAACGAAAGGACACACGGAAGUCAUUGUGCCCCAUCUAACAGAGUCCUAUAACAGUCACCGGGAUCCACCGGAAGAAGAAAUACCCUUUUGCACCUUGAAGUCUUUCCCAGCUGCCAUUGAGCACACGAUACAGUGGGCAAGAGAUAAGUUUGAAAGUUCGUUUUCUCACAAGCCUUCGUUGUUUAACAAAUUCUGGCAAACCUAUCCAUCUGCAGAAGAGGUUUUACAGAGAAUAAAAUCGGGGGAGAGCUUAGAAGGCUGUUUCCAUGUUAUUAAAACUCUCAGUAGAAGACCUCAGAACUGGACCCAGUGUGUGGAACUAGCAAGAGUAAAAUUUGAGAAGUAUUUCAGCCAUAAGGCUCUUCAGCUCCUUCAUUCAUUUCCCCUCGAUACACGAUUAAAAGACGGAAGUUUGUUUUGGCAGUCACCGAAGAGGCCACCCUUCCCAGUGAAGUUUGAAAUUAGUGAUCCUUUGCACUACGGUUUCAUUGUGAGCGCAGCCAAACUCUUCGCCGCAGUGUACUGCGUUCCUUUCACGGAAAAGGAUUUGUCGGAGGAAACUAUUUUGAAGAUCAUCUCGGCUGUGAAGGUACCAGAGUUCAGACCUUCAAACAAAGUUGUACAGACUGAUGAGACUGCGAGAAAACCAGAUCACAUUCCAGUCAGCAGUGAGGAUGAAAGAAAUGCUAUUUUCCAGCUGGAGAAGUCCAUACAGUCCAACGAAGCUCUGCAGAACGACUUGCAGAUGAAGCCCAUCUCCUUUGAAAAAGAUGACGACAGUAACGGGCAUAUGGAUUUCAUAACAGCAGCAUCCAACCUGCGAGCCAGGAUGUACAACAUCGAACCAGCAGAUCGGUUCAAAACAAAGCGCAUUGCUGGGAAGAUCAUUCCUGCCAUCGCCACAGCUACUGCUGCCGUGUCGGGGCUGGUUGCCCUGGAACUCAUCAAAGUGGUGGGUGGCUACCCAGCUGAGGCGUACAAGAACUGUUUCCUGAACCUCGCCAUUCCCAUAAUGGUUUUUACGGAAACCGCUGGAGUGAGACGAACGGAAAUCAGAAAUGGGAUCUCUUUUACCAUCUGGGACAGGUGGACGGUUUAUGGGAAAGAGGAUUUUACUCUGUUGGACUUCAUAAAUGCUGUCAGAGAGAAAUACGGAAUUGAACCGACCAUGGUUGUACAGGGAGUCAAAAUGCUGUAUGUUCCUGUGAUGCCAGGUCACAUUAAAAGGUUAAAGCUGACGUAA